AUGGAUAUUCAAAAGAUUAUUCAAGAAAGAGAUACAGCAGUAGAAUAUCUAUUACAACUUGAAACUAGAGCUAAAGUUUUUGAAAAUGCUUUUAAAACUUAUCAAAAUGAACAUUUUAUAGAAAAAAUUGAAUAA